UGUCACACCUUCGGCGAGACUUGAUUAGGUUGUUCGGAGCAAAGAGCCAACUGGCCGUAUCGAACCCGUAUGGGGAUCGGGUGCCAAACAAAAAAGAAGAAGAAGAAGAAGCAAAGAGCAAAGAAAAAGAAUAAAAAAUGCUGCAUUCUCGGAUCUGUGUCUUUAAAACGGAACAUGUAAAGCUAUACAUCCUCCUGUAUCGUCUUAAUAAGACAUGAUCGCUGACGUUAUCCGAUGGAUAGAUCCAGGAGGACUUGGAUGAACGUUAUGUAGACGUCUAAGCGAUAAAAUGUAUUGCUUACUGCGCCCUUAUCUUCAAAAGUGCCGCCGUAUCUUGUCGAGGGUUAAGCCGGGAUACGUGCUCUUCUUUUUCGGCGUGAUAGCCCUGUUGGAAUUUUUUGGAGUGUUCAUCCAUCUGUUCGAGGUCACGUACGACGAGAACUUUGCGUAUCCGUACGAAGGCAACGUCCACGACUUCGUAAAUGCUCUACGGCGCAACGAGAGGCCUGAGAUUGAGCCGAUAAACGAGUACAAGUAUACUUUUAUCCUGAAACAGCCGCAAAAGUGCAAGGAAGACGUGGACACGCUCCGUCUAGUGUACGUAGUCAAGUCCGCCUUGGAGAACUUUGACAGGAGGACCGCCAUACGCAAUUCGUGGGGGAUCGAGAAGAGAUUCUUCGACGUGCCAGUGAGAACGAUUUUCGUGGUAGGUACGCACCCGGACGACGAGGAGAUGGACGCAAGACUGAAGCUCGAGGCAGCGAUCUACAAGGACAUCAUACAAGCGGACUUCGUAGACUCGUACUACAACAACACCAUCAAAACGAUGAUGGGUCUCAAGUGGCUGGUGAAAUAUUGCCCCAACUCGAGGUUCUACAUGUUCGUGGACGACGACAUGUACGUGUCGGUGAAAAAUGUGGUGACGUUCAUCAGGAACCCGGCGAACUAUCCGUUUUACCUGAUGGAGUCGAGAAAGGUAUACAAUGCUCACAAGAGGGAGAUCAAACGGUCCGAUUUAGUGGACUACGAGAGUGUCGAUGACAGUCCUGCCAGUAGGAACGCGACGUACAACUCGAAAGCCAGUGAAAUAAAAUCCUCCGUGCGGAGCUUCGCGAUUCACGCGUCCACGAAUAACAGCGGGAUGGACGUGUCUGAGAAACGAGACGCGGGAAACGGUGAAAAUCUCACGGUGGCGGGUAAACGGUCGCCCGAGUCGAGUGCAGCGACGUUGAACAGGAAGAAACGACAGCUGUUCGAUUUCGAGCUGCCCGACGACGUCAGGCUGUUCGCGGGAUUCGUGUUCAUGCGCUCGGCGCCACAUCGGCACAAGUUCUCCAAGUGGUACGUCUCGUUGAGGGAAUACCCGUAUCACCUGUGGCCACCGUACGUCACGGCCGGUGCAUUUAUUCUGUCCAAGGAAGCGCUGCUGGACCUGUACUACACGAGUUUUUACACCAAGCACUUUAGGUUCGACGAUAUUUUUCUAGGCUUAGUCGCGAGGAAGGCCGACAUAGUGCCGUUCCAUUGCGAGGAUUUUCACUUUUACAAGAAGGCGUACACGAAGUACGGUUACAAGUACGUCAUAACGUCUCACGGAUACGACGAUCCGAACGAACUCGUGCAAGUUUGGAACGAGCAGAAGGCCCUCGGAAACGCCUAAGUUUAUAAAUAUCGCGAUAUAUCUAAUAAUAAUAUAUUCUAUCGUGUCCAAAUCUGCAAAUUCAGUGCAUCACAUAGCACGUUUUUAAUAAAAAUAUCUUAAGAUCAUUGUAUAAUAUGCAUGUAUAUACAUACACGUAUGUUAUGUGUACAUAUAUGCACAUAUAGACACAAACGAGAGUAUAUCAAAAUAAUAUAUAACAAUAUAUAUAUAUAUAUAUAUAUAUAUAUAUAUGAAAAAGAUUUAAUUUAUUGUAAAAGAUAUUCUACAAUUUAAGUCGCUGCUUGGUUUGUAAAUUUUAUUUUGUAAAUUUUCGUCACAGACUGAUUAGUAUUAUUCCUAUGCAAUUAAAUAACAUAUAUAUGUAUUUGUACAGUAAAUAAAUUUUGUAGAGUCUAAUAGAGCUUAUGUCCUAAACGUUUGUAUAUUUAUAAUUUUGUACUCGUUAAUUAUUAGCUACGUUUCCGAUGAUGAUGAUCAUGUACCGAUGAUAGUAUUCACCGAUGAUGAUUUAAUAAAUACAUUUUC